AGCGCCGCCGAGCCAAAUCAACAUUCACCCAACGAAGCUCAGAGACCUCUGUUGAGCGCUCCAUCGAACAAGCCUCGCCGCCCCUGUUGGCUGUUGCCAUUCGCCGCGACCGGCGCCGGCCAUGGGUCUGGCGAUGGGCAAGCUGAUGCUGGGGAAGAUCAUCGUGGAGACGCCCAAGCACGAGGUGCUCCACGCCGGCGACGGCUACGAGAUCCGCAAGUACCCGCCGUGCGUCGCCGCCGAGGUGACCUACGACCCCAAGGAGAUGAAAGGCGACCGCGACGGCGGGUUCCAGGUCCUCGCCAACUACAUCGGCGCCUUCGGCAAGCCGCAGAACACCAAGCCGGAGGCCAUCGCCAUGACGGCGCCGGUCAUCACCUCCUCCGGCGGUGGCGGCGAGGCCGAGCCGAUCGCCAUGACGGCGCCCGUGAUCACCUCCUCCGAGCCGGAGCCGGUGGCGAUGACGGUGCCGGUCCUCACGGCCGAGGGCCGCGAGGAGCACGCGGGCAAGGUGACGAUGAAGUUCCUGCUGCCGUCCAAGUACGCCAAGGCGGAGGAGGCGCCGCGGCCGACGGACGAGCGGGUGGUGCUGCGGGAGGUGGGGGAGCGCAAGUACGCCGUGGUGAGGUUCAGCGGCCUGGCCGGGGAGAAGGUGGUGGCGGAGAAGGCGGAGGGGCUCAAGGCCGCGCUGGAGAAGGACGGGCACGCCGUCACGGGCCCCUUCGUGCUCUCCCGCUACAACCCGCCGUGGACGCUCCCGCCGCUGCGCACCAACGAGGUCAUGUUCCCCGUCGAGUGAUCGAUCGUCCGGCCAGCCGGCCGCCUUAUGUAUGCAGCUACCGUGUGCUAGUAUCUCAUUAGCUUUGUAGCCUUUCCAUUCUGUUUAAGCACAAUAAAUAAUCGAAUGGUCUGCUGAAUGUUGAUAUUGA